GCCCUGCCGUAUUUUGACCGACUGGAUUACGUUUCCAUGAUGUGCAACGAACAGGCCUACUCUCUAGCUGUCGAGAAGCUGCUGAAUAUCCAAGCGCCCGUAAGAGCUCAGUGGAUACGAGUCCUCUUCGGAGAAAUCACGCGGUUGCUGAAUCACAUCAUGGCUAUCACCACCCACGCCCUGGACGUCGGGGCCAUGACUCCUUUCUUCUGGUUGUUUGAGGAGAGAGAAAAGAUGUUUGAAUUCUACGAGAGGGUAUCCGGAGCCCGCAUGCACGCCGCUUACAUCCGGCCAGGUGGCGUCCACCAGGAUAUGCCGCUGGGAUUGAUGGAUGACAUUUACGAAUUCAUGAAGAAUUUCUCCGCCCGGGUUGACGAGGUGGAGGAGAUGCUGACCAACAAUCGGAUCUGGAGGAACCGCACUAUCGAUAUAGGGGUGAUUUCCGCGGAAGAUGCGCUGAAUUGUGGCUUUAGCGGAGUGAUGCUUCGUGGAUCGGGGAUCCAGUGGGAUCUUCGCAAAACCCAGCCUUACGACGCCUACGACCAGGUGGAGUUUGACGUGCCGAUUGGAUCAAAGGGAGACUGUUACGACAGGUACCUCUGCCGCAUAGAAGAGAUGCGCCAGUCGCUCCGCAUCAUCUUGCAGGCCCUGAACAAGAUGCCGGAAGGGGAGAUCAAAGUGGACGACGCCAAGGUCUCGCCUCCUAAGAGGGCGGAGAUGAAGUCCUCCAUGGAGGCGCUGAUCCAUCAUUUCAAACUUUACACCGAGGGCUAUCAAGUGCCGCCUGGGGCCACUUACACCGCCAUCGAGGCUCCAAAGGUAAAAUACUGAAUUUUGUGU